AUGGUACUUGUAGCAAUUCUGUUUUUGGUAGCCACAACUACUAGUACUAGUUAUCAUGGAGUUUACUCUUGUAUAGAAAGUGAGAGACAAGCUCUUCUCACCUUCAAACAAGGCCUUGAUGUUCAUGAUAAUGUCUUAUCAUCUUGGAAUAACAAUAACAAAGAUUGUUGUGCAUGGAGAGGAAUCAGAUGCCAUAACUUAACCAAUCAUAUUAUCAAGCUUCAUCUUCGUCCAAAUAUUACCUACGAUCAUGGUAUGCCAACUCUGUAUCCUAUUUUGGGUCAAAUUACUUCUUCUUUGCUCAAACUAAAAUAUUUGGAGUAUUUGGAUCUUAGUAACAAUGCUUUCUAUGAAAUCCCAAAGUUUAUAGGAAGUUUUACAAAUCUCAAAUAUCUCAAUUUGUCAAAUAAUCAACUUGUUGGAAAUGUUCCCUCACAACUUGGAAAUCUAACCAAGUUGCGAGUUCUUGAUCUUGGUGAUGAUUAUGGCUUUGGAACUAAUUUGACUAUUAAGAGUUUCAAUUGGAUUUCUCAUCUCACUAAUUUGAGAAUCUUGAAAUUGGGUGGUACAAAUCUCACUGAAGCCAAAGAUUGGUUUUGUUCAUUUAAAACAGCUCAUUCCUUAUCAAUUUUACACCUAAAUUAUUGUCAAUUUCCAGAGUUAGAUCAUACUACAACAAAUUCUUCCACCAAUUCUAUCACAACUCUUCAUGUGUCUGACAGUACAUUUGGGUCCACAACAUUUUCUCAUUUGCUUAAUUUGAGCAAUAAUCUUAUUGAUCUCUCACUAAAUUAUAAUAACAAAGCUAGUCCUGUUUUUACCAUUCCAGAUUCCUUUGAAAAUUUGAAAUCUUUAAGGCGUUUUAACUUUCAAUGGAAUCAAUUUAGAGGCGAAAUACCGAAAUCGAUAGGGAGUCUUUGUAAGCUUCAAGAACUAGUUUUGUAUGGGAAUGAAUUCAAUUCUACCAUCAUUGAUAUCUUGAAAAACCUCAUUGAUUGCAAUAACAAGUCUUUAGAAAUUCUAGAUUUGUCUUAUAACAAUCUAAGUGGACCAUUAUUGCCUAAAGAUUAUUUUUCAAAGAUUCCCCACUUGAGAAAAUUAGAUGUAUCUCACAAUAAAUUCAAUGUCAAAUGGGCAGAAAGUAUAAUUAGCAAUCUCUCUAGUCUUGAGUUAUUAGAUAUUUCAGUGAAUUCUUUCACUGGAAUUGUCAUUGAAACACACCUUGAGAAAUUGUCCAAAUUGGAACACCUUGAUUUAUCUUCAAAUUUUCUAACUUUGAAAUUUGAAACCAAUUGGGUUCCUCCUUUCCAACUCCAACAUCUUGGUUUGAGAUCUUGUAUGAUUGGUCCACAAUUUCCUUCAUGGCUUCAAACACAAACAAAUAUAUCAUUUCUAGAUUUAUCUGAUUCUGGAAUAUCUAAUAUCAUUCCUAUUUGGUUUUUCAAUCAAACUUAUUCCAAACUAACUUAUUUGGAUUUAUCUUUCAACACUAUCAAUGACACAUUACCUGACAUUCAACUAAAAUCAAAUAAUUUUGCUUUUGUGGAUUUAAGGGCCAACAAAUUUCAUGGCUAUGUCUCACCAAAUUCUCUUUUCAAAGCAAAUGCCUUAUAUCUUUCUAAUAACACUCUCACAACAUUCCAUCCUCUCUUUUGCUCUAUAUUAUUAUCAAGUCAUCAUAAUCUACAAAUUCUUGAUCUUUCCAAUAAUCAAUUAUUUGGAAACAUUCCUCAUUGUUUGUUCCAUCUUCAAAAUUUGAAAUUCCUCAACUUGUUCAACAACAGAUUGUUUGGAUUGAUCCCGAGCUCGAUUGCAUCUCUAUAUCAAAUACAAAUGCUUGAUUUGAGCCAAAAUAAUUUGUCAGGAAUUUUACCAUCUUCUAUGAAGAAUUGCACCCAAUUGCUAUUUCUAGAUAUUGGAGAAAACAACAUGAGAGGAAAUAUACCAAUGUGGAUUGGUGAAACGCUAAAACAAUUGGUUUUCCUUAGACUAAAUUCUAAUCAUUUUUAUGGAACAAUACCAACAAGUCUCUGCCAUCUUAAUGGUAUUCGUAUCUUAGAUAUUUCCCAUAACAAUAUCUCUGGACUUAUCCCAUCAUGUAUUAACAAUUUCACAUAUGAGAGUAGUUCAUCACUUACUGUUGUCUAUGCUUCCGGCCAUUUCUCUGCCACUGGAUUUGACAUCAAGACAAAAGUAACUUGGAAAGGAAAGGAAUAUGAGUACCAAGAGAUUUUGGGAUUGUUGAGAAUCAUUGACUUUUCAAGUAAUAAAUUGAUUGGAGAGAUUCCAAUGGAGCUCACAAAUCUUGUGGAACUACUUCAAUUAAACUUGUCAAGGAAUAAUUUGAGUGGAGUCAUACCUUGGAAUAUUGGCAACUUGAGUAAACUAGAAGCACUUGAUUUGUCCCACAAUAAUUUUAGUGGAGAAAUUCCAAUUGGCUUGGGGGAAUUAUCUUUCUUGCAGUACUUGGAUCUGUCAUAUAAUCAUUUUUCAGGAAAAAUUCCAAUUAGUACACAAUUGCAAAGCUUCAAUGCUUCUUCAUAUGUGGGAAAUGGUGAAUUGUGUGGACUUCCUCUUUUGAUUGAAUGCUCCUCUGGAAAUCAUGCAACUUUCAAUCCUCAUUCAAACUCAGAUGAUGAUGAUGAUGAUGAUCAAGAAUGGUUUGACAUGUCAUGGUUUUACAUUGGACUCGAAGUUGGAAUUGCUCUUGGUUUUAUUGGGGUUUGUGGAGCUUUGUACCGAAACUCAUACUUGUUAGAGUCUUGCUUAUUUCUGGGGUGCUUGAAUAAAUUUGGAGAUUGGCUUUCUGUGCAUUAG